UGAGCGAGCGGGCGACAUCUUGGAUUCAUGAGUGAACGAUGACCGCAGCCUGAAAAACGGUUCAAACCUGAAACACUCGAUAACCCUGAGUUCCUGUCAGAACUGAACACAUCUGUCUCUGUUGAAUCAGUCCGGUCCAGAGAGGGACACACGGAGACAAACAUUCACACACACAGAGCAUGGAUUGUAAUCACUGAACGAGAUCACCACUAUGAUUGGAGGACUCUUCAUCUACAACCACAAGGGCGAGGUGCUGAUCUCCCGUGUCUACCGUGAUGACAUCGGGAGGAAUGCGGUGGAUGCAUUCCGUGUGAACGUGAUUCAUGCACGGCAGCAGGUACGCUCACCUGUCAACAACAUCGCCCGCACCAGCUUCUUCCACAUCAAACGCUCCAACAUCUGGCUGGCUGCCGUCACCAAGCAGAAUGUCAAUGCCGCCAUGGUGUUUGAGUUUCUCUACAAGAUGUGUGACGUCAUGGCUGCGUAUUUUGGCAAGAUCAGUGAGGAGAACAUCAAGAACAACUUUGUUUUGAUCUACGAGCUUCUGGACGAGAUACUGGAUUUUGGAUACCCCCAGAACUCUGAGACUGGAGCCUUGAAGACCUUCAUAACUCAACAGGGAGUUAAGAGCCAGCAUCAUACGAAAGAGGAGCAGUCUCAGAUAACCAGUCAGGUCACUGGACAGAUCGGCUGGAGACGUGAGGGCGUCAAAUAUCGGCGCAAUGAAAUCUACCUGGACGUACUGGAAAGUGUGAACUUGCUGAUGUCACCACAAGGUCAGGUGUUGAGUGCUCAUGUCUCGGGGAGGGUGGUGAUGAAGAGCUACCUGAGUGGAAUGCCAGAGUGCAAGUUUGGCAUGAAUGACAAGAUCGUUAUCGACAAGCAGGGAAAAGGUGGCACUACCGAUGACACGGGCAAGAGUGAGUUGGGGGGCAGCAGUGGGAAACAGUCCAUCGCGAUCGAUGACUGCACGUUCCACCAGUGUGUCCGUCUCAGCAAGUUUGACUCUGAGCGCAGUAUUAGCUUCAUUCCUCCCGAUGGAGAAUACGAGCUCAUGAGGUACCGCACCACUAAAGACAUCAUCCUUCCCUUCCGCGUCAUUCCAUUGGUCCGAGAGGUUGGUCGAACCAAGUUGGAGGUAAAGGUGGUGAUAAAGUCCAACUUCAAGCCCUCACUGCUGGCACAGAAGAUAGAGGUGCGCAUUCCUACUCCACUCAACACCAGUGGGGUUCAGGUCAUCUGCAUGAAGGGGAAAGCCAAGUACAAGGCUAGCGAGAACGCCAUAGUUUGGAAGAUCAAGCGAAUGGCUGGUAUGAAGGAGUCACAGAUAAGCGCUGAGAUCGAGCUGCUUCCCACUAAUGACAAAAAGAAGUGGGCUCGUCCACCCAUCUCCAUGAACUUUGAGGUACCCUUUGCUCCGUCAGGGCUGAAAGUGCGAUACCUGAAGGUCUUUGAGUCAAAGCUGAACUACAGCGACCAUGAUGUCAUCAAAUGGGUGCGUUACAUCGGCCGCAGCGGCAUUUAUGAGACGCGCUGCUAACAGCAUCCCCUUCUCACGGAGAAAGUGGGAGAAACCGAGACAAAUAGACGGAGGACGAGUUGAAAGUUAUUCAUUGUCUCACUCUCCUUUCCCUACCUCAACUUUUUAAACGAGGCUCUGUUCACACUGAAAAUAUCAACAAAGGGAAACAACAAGAGAAUAUCCUAAAUUUCACAAAUCAGUGUUGAAGCAAAAUAGUCCCUCGGAUAAAAACAAAUAAAAAGUUUAUCUGCAGUAGUACAAAAGUUAUAAAAGAUGUUUAUUCUCAUGAACUCCACCCUCCCUCUAGAAAUUCUUCCCAUGAUGUAAACCCCUAUUCAUUUCUCUACUCAAAUUCUUCCACUACAUGCAUUCCAGACUCCCAGUCCCCAUUGAAUCCCAGCUAUUGUGGGGCUCCGGCAACUUUCCAUCUCAUAAUUAGGGCUGAACCUGUGUUCCUGCUCACAGAUGGUGUCAAGGUGGCCAUUUCCCGAUCCCAUAGUUAGUCAGACUUGUUCCUAUUUGCUUAUGUGAUCUCUAGUGUACCAAGAAACAUUGUAACCUAACCUUUCAUAAUUCAUUUUUAUAGUGGUCCUUCCUAAAAUUAUUCGUUUUGUGUUGUCCACAUCCUUUAUUCUCAGUGAACUGGUGUAAAUGUUAAGCCUUUUGCCCCACAAUGUUUUGUAGCGUAAACAAUGUCCAUCCAAAAACAUCUCUUGUAUGUAUAGGUUUUGAAUUCUCUGCUUUCCAUUUAUAUUUUGCCUUGGUGUAAAAGAGUUUCACAGUGUAACCAAAAUAAAGUGUGAGGAUACUUGAAUUAAAGCAACAAAACAUAAUAAUGCUAAAGUGAAUCUAUCUGUAUGCAUAUACUCUACUAUACACACUGUAAGUUGGUGUAAAAAAGGUAAUAAAAUCACAAAUUUGAUUUAGAGGAGUUUCAGCAUUCUGCUGUUUUCAUAGAGUGGAAUCUUAUAUGGUGUGUGUGUGUGCGUGCGUGCGAAAGAACAAAGCCUCUGAAUCAGAGGUCCCCAACAUCUCUCUGGAAUUAACGUUUGUGGCUUAACCUCCUUUUCAUGGUCCCUUUAAUUAUCAUUAUCAUUACCACUUUGUUUACUUGACAAAUAUUUUGGUUUUUAUUUUUAGUGGGGCACCAAUCGGGAAAUUUGAGGCCAAUACCGAUCUCCGAUAUUAUUAUUUUUAUUUAAUUUUUUUUUAACACCGAGAUCGGACGAUACAAAUAUUGAUUUAUUUUUUAAAGUGCAACUUUGCCACACUUUUGCAAGUUAUUUUGUGCUGUUAUGUUUUUGCCCACAGUAAAAUAAAA